AUUAGGAUGAACACGUAUGAGCCAUGUGGCAGCAACAUCCACUCCUAACUGCCCGGUUCUCCCAUUGAAAAUGAACAAAAAGGAUUGCUGAUCUCAGAAAAUAGGCUGAAUUGUUCGUACAAGAAUGGCAGCUCCUGACCUAUUAGACCCCAAAACAGCAACUCAGAAUGCCAAACCACGGCUGUCCUUUUCUGCAAAACCGACGGUUUUAACUCCAGGAGACGACAGCGACCUGAACCCAACUGUUAUGAAAUGGAAGACCGCCUCGGCUAAUUUUCUGGUAGUGGUGCUUUAUUUGAUUAUCGGCGCCACUGUAUUUCAAGCGCUUGAACAGCCUGCGGAAAGCUCUCAGAAAACCGCAAUCACCAUCCAGAAACUGGAGUUUCUGGAAAAGCACAUGUGUGUCAAUUCCUUGGAACUGGAACUAUUGAUCCAGCAUUUGAUGGAAGCUGUAAAUGCAGGUGUUAACCCUGCAGGGAAUUCUACCAAUCAAACCAGCCACUGGGACUUGGGCAGUUCCUUCUUCUUUGCAGGCACCAUUAUAACCACCAUAGGUUUUGGAAAGAUCUCUCCAACUACUGUAGGUGGAAAAAUAUUCUGCAUCAUUUACGCCUUGUUAGGGAUUCCGCUGUUUGGGUUUUUACUUGCUGGUGUUGGUGACCAGCUAGGAACCAUAUUUGGGAAAGGAAUCGCUAAAGUGGAAGAUGUAUUCCUCCUUUCUUCAUCCACUUCAAGUGUAUCUCAUCAAACUACUCAUUUCCACCACAGUCUUCAUACAAGAAAAUAUGAGAGGAAACAGAAUCCCAGGACUGUUUCCAAACAACGUUCAAAAUUCAAAGUUGAAGGUUUGAAGGAAUGGAAAAUCAGUCAAACCAAAAUUCGUGUCAUCUCCACUUUAAUAUUCAUAUUGUUUGGAUGUCUGUUGUUUGUGGCUAUCCCCGCAAUCAUUUUUAAACAUAUUGAAGGCUGGACAGCUUUGGAGUCUAUCUACUUUGUUGUGAUCACCUUGACAACGAUUGGAUUUGGGGAUUUUGUCGCAGGAGAGAGUCCUGAUAAAGAAUAUUUAGACUGGUACAAACCUGCUGUAUGGUUCUGGAUAUUAGUGGGACUUGCUUACUUUGCUGCAGUUUUGAGUAUGAUUGGAGAUUGGCUUCGUGUCAUCUCAAGGAAAACAAAAGAAGAGGUUGGAGAGAUGAGGGCUCAUGCAGCUGAAUGGACAGCCAAUGUCACAGCAGAUUUGAAAGAGACUCGCAGAAGGCUGAGUGUAGAAAUUCAUGACAAGUUCCAGAGAGCUGCAUCCAUCAAAAGGAAACUGUCCUCAGAACUAGGAGGGCAGCAAACGCAAGAGUUAACUCCAGGCAAAAGAACAUUGUCUGUUAACCUCACUGAUGAGAAAGAUACUCUGCCAACUUUGUCGAAAAAUGGUAGUCUUUAUCUAAAUGGCUUAUGUUCUCAGAAUGCCAGUGGAGAGAUCUCAGUAAUUGAAGAUAUCAAGUAGCAACCAUCAACAGUAAUAAAGAAAUGAAUAGUAUUCAAAGCCAAACAAAGAAACUUUUUUUUUUGGGAGAUCGAAAGACAAUUUCCAUCAGAAACCGUCGUCAGAUAAAAUCUUUCUAAAUUCACAGGUCAUAAGAUAAUGCUGCUGUGAAGGAAUGUAGUUUCGAGUUCAUUCACUUCAAUUUCUAUUUGAUCUGAUUUCAAUUUUGAUCUGUAACAUUGCUUUAUACCUUCAACAAAUCAAAUCAGUGCCUUAACUUUUGGCAGAUGCAGAACCGAGCAUUUAUGUCUUUUGCAUGUCUAUGUGAAUAUUCUGAUUCAUUGUGAAAUUCUACCCAUGACCUGGUUGUAAAUUGUAAAAGUAAUUUCUGACAAUGCCAGGUUGAAGAAGGACAACAUCAUAACAGCAUUCAUAGCCCUAAGUACAAACCAAAAGAGUUCUGAGGAAGGGUGAUGAGACCCAAAACAUUAACUCUGAUAUCUCUCCACAGAUGCUGUUAGACCUGCGGAGCUUUUCCAACAAUUUCAGUUUUCGAUUCAUAGCCAUAGUUUGGACAAACAGCAGUUACAAGAGUUCCAAACACAUUCUUUGUGAUGCAGAAUAAAGAAUUCAAAUAUUCUUUCAGAAAAAGAGCUUGCAUUUGCAAGGAAAUAUUCAGCUAGCAUAGAUGUUCAUUGAGAAUUAUGGAAUCAUGUAUGGGAUUUGCAAGGCUCGUAUUAAUAUGGCUAACAUUGAACACUUAAGAUAAAACAGACAAGGAUUUGAAACUUAUUGCAUUCUCUGACUAUAUUUCAGCAUUUCAACUAAAGGUACAUAUUUUUUAAACUCAUUAUUAGUAAUGAAAUCAACAUUCAUCAACAGUUUAGCAUUUAUAUAAUGUGUCUCCACACCAUAGUGAAUCUUCCCUGCUUCAUUAUUUUCUUGAUUGCCUUAUCAAUAUGAACAGAACUUUCACUAAUACUUUCAAGUUCAGCAAAAAAUGGAUCUUAUUUUCAGAUGGAAAAGGAUUUUUCUUUCUUAGGUUUUUGAAGAAAAUAUUCUCCAAUCAUAAGACUGUAAGAUAAAGAAGUAGAAUGAGGCCAUGCAGCCUAUUGAGUCUGCUGCACUAUUCAAUCAUGGCUGACAUGUUUCUCAACCCCAUUCUCCUGCCUUCUCCAUGUAAACUUUUAUCUCUUUACUAAUCAAAAAUCUCUUCAUCUCAGGCAUACACUCAAUGAUUUGCCCUCCAAGUUUUCUGUGACAAUGAGUUCCCAGAUCAACCACCCUCUGGCUGAAGAAAUUGUUCCACAUCUCAGUUCGGAAGGUCAUCUCAUCACUCCGAGCCACAUUCAUUCUAUACGGGCCUUUCAGUAUUCUAUAAGUUUCAUUGAGACCCCCCUCAGUGUUCUAAACUCCAUCAACCACAGUCCCAAAAUCCACAACUAUUCCGCAAUAUGACAAGCACUUCAUCCCUGGGAUCAUUCUUGUGAACCACCUUUGGAACCCGUUGAAUGUCAGCACAUUUUUCCUUAGGUACAGCAUCUAAAACUGCUUGCAAUAUUCCAAACGUGGUUUGAAUACAGCCUUAUACAGCCUCAGCAAUAUAUCUCUGAUAUUGUAAUCUAGCCUUCUUAAAAUGAAUGCGGACAUUGCACUUGCACUGGCAACUGAACCCAUAAGUUGACCUUAAAAAACUCCUGAACUGGAACUCCCAAGUUUCUUUGUGCUUCAAAUUUUGGAAAGUUUUUCCAUUAUUCUUCCUACCAUAGUGUUCACAUUAUCCGUUAUUGUAUUCUCUCUGCCACUUCUUUGCCCACUCUCAUUGCCUGCCUAAGUACUUCUGCAGCCUCCCCACCUCCUGAAAACUACC